GCCAGCUAGCCUCCAGUGAUUGAAAUCAAUAAAAACAGUCGGCAAGGGGCCCAGUGGGGGAAGAGAGAAAUCUCCACUACAGCAUUCAGUUUGCUUUCCCACUUUCUCCCUCCCCCUCUAAAGUUAAACUCUGAAGAUCACCAUGACAAGCUACUUCAGUUCCAGUGCAGGGAAGAGGCUGGUGGGGAUUUAAAGGAAGCGAGCGUUUGCCUUCGCCUCCCUGCCUUCCUUCUCCCCCCAGCGUGGAGGAAAUGAAAGGCUUGUUUGGAAUUUGAAUCCUGCCUGGAAAAAACUUCAUCGGACAAGUGCAUCGUUCCGCGUUCCAGGAAAGGGAUGGAUUUUACGGUCAGAGAAUGCUAAAAGGUGAGAGGGGAAAGAAAAGCAGGAAUCUGAUUCAGCCAGAGCCCACGUACAGGCUAGGAUGUCCACCCCAGCGGAGGGGACCUCUGAAGCUGUGGGAAGGACUGCAAGCAAGAGCCUGAGAUCAGCACCAUCCGCAUCCUAAAGUGGCUGAAACGUUAGGGAACACGUGACCGACGCCCCGACCCAGUGGCUCAAUCUCAGACUGACAUUCUCCUGGGCUGCACCUCGUAGAAAUGAGACACUGGCGUUUCUGCAGAGCUCACUUGGGAAAGGGUCUGACUUGAUGGGCAAAAUGUUUCUGCCGGCCCGCAAGGAACAACAAGGCAGUGCCUACCAGAAAAGCUGGUAACCAGCAGAGAAGACUCCAAAGUUAAAAUCACUAUGUGGAGCUGUGAAACCUUAAACAACAGUACUGAAAACAGUGAGGACCAGCAUCUCUGCCAUUACUUCCACCUUGUGCUUUCCAUCUUUUCCCUACUCUACCUCAUCAUAUGUUUCCCAAUUGGCCUUUGUUACAAUGGCUUGCUGGUCCUAGUCAAUCUGUACAACAAAGCUACUAUGACUAUGCCAGAUGUUUACUUUGUCAACAUCGCCAUUGCUGGUCUCAUCAUCAACGCUCUGGCACCAAUGUACCUUCUAGGUCUUGCCAACACAAAAUGGGCCAUCUGGAGUUCUAACAAUGAAGUUUAUAUCACCUUACUUAUUUUAUUCAACGUCUCGUCUUUAGUUACCAUGUACUCUACUACAUUGCUCAGUCUGGACUACUACAUUGAACGUGCUCUACCUAGAACUUACAUGUCCAGCGUGUACAACACCAAACACGUUUGUGGAUUCAUAUGGGGGGGUGCCAUGCUUACAAGUUUUUCAUCUCUCCUGUUCUACGUCUGCAAUCACGUCUCAACUAAAAUCAUUGAAUGUUCCAAGAUGCAGAACAAAGAAGCAGCAGAUGCCAUCAUGGUCUUCAUUGGGUAUGUUGUCCCAGCUGUCGCUGUACUCUAUGCACUGAUACUGAUCUUGCGAAUACGCAAAGAGACAACACCACUGGAUCAAGACACUGGGCGAUUAGAUCCAUCAGUGCACAGGCUUCUGAUCGCCACAGUCUGCACACAGUUCACAUUGUGGACCCCCUAUUAUGUUACUCUCUUGGUAAACACAUUUACUAACGCUCAAGGAAGAAUCGCAGAUGAAAAUUACAGCCGAAUACUACAUUUUACCAAGAUUGUAGCAAAGUUCCUGGCUUUCUCAAGCAGUUUUGUGAUGCCUCUGCUCUACAGAUACAUUAACAAAAACUUCCCCAACAAAUUACGACGUUUGCUUAAGAAGAUACACUGUGGGAAUCAGGGGUGUUCUCACGAGCGCACAGUAGUACAGCAAGUGAUGACGUAGGUGUGACAAAACCCUCUGGUGCUCUGUGUCCCUGCAGUACUUGGCCUGCCAGUACUGGGACUGUGAUACUGCUGCGUUGGCACUUGGAGUCUUUAAAGAGAGAGUCCAAACCAAGAGGUUAGAAGGAGCUCUCCCUUACAGUUAAAUGAAACUGUGUUCAUUUUCAAAUAGCUAAUUGUUUGCUGACAGCUUGUAAGACUCCGGCCUGUGUGCUGUAAUACCUGUGAGAGCUGAUACUUCCAGUGCACUGAAUUGGUUACAAGGCAUAAACUCUGUCUUCAUCAUUUGAAUAUUCCUGUUUGAAGAAAUCCCUAGGCAGUUUACUGAAGUCUUGACUGAAGACACAGCACCUUGUAUCUUGUACAGAAAGAGGUAUUACCUUUUUUUCUGUACAAAGAAGUAACAGUGCUAUCCUUGAUGAAGUAAAUAGCAUUUUUCAAUGAAGAUGAUAUAGAUGAUCUUUCCUAAAGAUCAUAUCCAAUUACACAUGUCCAAGUAGUAAAUGUUAAUUAUAAAUUAAAUUAUUUAAUGUCUUUCUCUGUCACUGAAUUCCCUCUAAAAGAAUCUUAAUUUACCAUCUUCAGAAAUUAUUUUCUCACACAAACUAAAGUUUUUUAACACUUAUGGUAAAUUGAUUUUUUUUUUCUAGAUAUAACAAUUAACAAAAAUGUGUUUUAUUUUUCCAGUGCUUUGUUUGCAUCCUAAAACAUUUCAAUAAUUCUGAAAUAUUUAUUGACUAAUUCUAAGGGAACUGAGAGAUGUUUGUUCCACAUAUUAAAAUGAAGGACACACUGGUUUACAAAGUUAAAUCAAAAUUUAACUAGUAAAGAAUGUCUGGCUAAGUGUUAUGGUCCACAUAUGUUCAUGUAACAAGAAUAAUUAUCUUAAAAAUAAAUAUGUUAAUGAUUAACAUUUUGUAUUUUUAAGGGAUAUAUUUGCAACAAAUAAAUUAAAAUCUUUUAAAUCUAGGGCAUCACUGGAGGUUUGAAAACCAUAUAAAAUCCCUCAGUAGAUGCAAGAUUUUCAAAUGGGAGUAAGAUAUAGGGAUCCCAGGCAGCAUCAGCUUUUUCCAGACCUCUCAGAAAUGGAGUGCCUCCCAAUGUGAUUCUUGAAUACACAGUAAAAGUAUAAUUUCUGUAUUUCACAGUGGGGAUGAGGAAAUCCAAUCCAGAUUGCCAGAUUUUACUGAGUAUAUGAAAUACCUAAGAAACACAAACAUGGUGCCGGAAGCAAAUUCAGCAUUAACCACAGCAACAAACUGAAAUGUUGACCCAAGAACUACAUGUUCCUCUACUGCUGUUGCAUUAAUGACAGAGAAGGGGGAGAUGUUAAACUUAUUCUCUCACUGAUUUUGGGACAUCUUUGUCGCUCACCCUACAACACAGCAGAAUCAUUUUGUUGCUUCAUCUGCCACAACUGAAAUUCCACAUGACUUCAUUCAAAAAAAUGUGGCUUUUCAAGCCUCUGGUAUAGAAAAAACAUGGAGCAAACCCAGAAUUUAACUUCUUCCAUUGUUUAUAGCACAAACUUAGCUGCUACUUGGUCCUGAUUUGUCAGCCUAGAGACACAAAUUCUAAGUGGGAAGCAGGUGAGAAGCAGCCUUUUCCUAUCUUCUCCAUUCUCUUCAUCAUUAUUCAAGUCAUUUCUUGUUAUAGCCAUCUUUGCUUAUCUUCCUCAAAUACAAGGAUCUCUAAGUUAUCAAAAACCUGGUAGAAAACUCCACUAAUCUUUACUUUUUAAAAAUAGAUUUUCAUGUUUUAUUAAUUUUUUUUAACCCUAAAACCUCACUCAGUAAAUAAUCUAUUUCGAUGGUAUUUUCCCCACUCAAAAAUUAUCCAGCAAAACUACAUCAAUUCACUCAUAGUUUUAGCCUCUUAAUCAAAACCGUGUCAAGGAAUGAAGCUUUUCUUUAUCAUUGUGUCUGAUUCAUGGGCUGAUUUAUAGUGCCUCUGUGCUGACAUGAUACUGGCUGCUUUGGUAAACCAUUUAAUUGAUUGGAAUUUUCCUCCCUUCACUUGAGAGGUUUUCUACAUAUCUUGAACAUUCAAGCUCGCUUCCACAGAAAAGUGCUUAAGAAAGAAAUCUUUCCCUCCAACUGUCAAGCAAAUAGUCUCCUCUUCUUCCCAUCCAAGGAAAAUGAGGUUUCCUCAUACACCACAUUAAAUUUCUUAUGUAAAACCUGUUAAAGAAAUUCUGUGCCAUUAGGCAGGAAAAAUCUCAGCAGGGAGGAACUGGCUUAUCUGGUGUGAAUGGAGGCUUCCAGAACUGGGACACAGCCAGGGCUGUGUGGCUGAGCAGCCAGCACUAAGUACAAUUUUAACUUCCAUGCUGCUUCCUUACUUCUGUUUCCCCCUUCUCCUAAAACAUUUUGUACUGUCACUAACAAGAAUGUUGCAUUUAUUUCUGUUCCUUUCUGUGUUAAAUUCUCAGUUUCAGAUCAUGUCUCUUAUAACUUCUCUUUAUCUUUUUCUCUUGCCUUUUUCACUUCUGUGUUACUUACAUAGCUUUCAAUUUGCUGCUCUGUUUCCAUCCAUGCUUGGUCUUGUACUCUUGGUGCUAACUCACACUUCCUUAGAUUGACCCCUUUGCAAUCACCCAAAUCUUACUCAAAUUAUUUGACAUUACAAGUUGAUUUAUGUAGUAAAUGGAAGCUGCUAUUUAAGAUAUUGAGACUUUUUUUUAUAUCAUUUACCCUUGAAAGGUCGAUUUUGAUUGGGGUUUUUUUUCCUAAUCUUUUUUUAUUGCAACAGAGUUAAGUAUGUUUGUGUAUAUCCUUGAUAAUAUACUAAAGGUGAUGGCAAUCAUAGAAACAGCUUUCAUAAUUUAAUGAACAAGACUGAUACGUGCUCAAUUAUUUUUUUUUAAGAGCUAAUUUGAUAUAUUAUUUGCCUCAAAGAAACUGCCAUGGAGAUGCCUGACUGCUUUUCUCUUAAGGAAGUUCUGAACUUAACUGCAGCACCCUCACAUGGUAUCUUUUAAAAAGCAGUAUCCCAAAAUGCAAGAACUUUGCAAUAUUUAUUAAAUAAACAGUAGAUGAGAAAGUGCAGUAAAAUACUUAAGAAAAUACAUGGUAUAAUAGAUAUGGAAGAAGUUUUAUGGACAAAUGUUUCAUAUACAAAGUUCUCAAGAAUGGGGCCUUUCCAUUUCACAUACCUGAAGGUUUCUAAUGACUGUAAAUAGGGGCUUAUCUAUUUCACCUUUAAAUAUUAGUAAAAUACUGUAUAUAUGCAAGAUAAAAAUCAGCCUACUGAUGUAAAAAAGAAUGUGCAAAGAAUUUAUUAAAUUAUUUCUUGAAGUGUUUCAUUUAAAUGCAAAUCUCCCAACAGGAAGAUGCAGUGUAUGUUUCUGUAUGUAUAUACUGUAUACUAGAAAGUAAGCACUAGUUAAGUGCCAUUAUUAACAGUGUUAUUAUCUCACAAAAUUAAAUAUUUGAGUUGGUCUAUGGUUUAGAGCCCUCUUGCUGAACUGUCAAUUAAGUCAAAUCAAUGAACUAACAAAAAAAUGUUGCUCUCUGCUUCAAUUAUUAACAUAGCUAGCUCCAGACAGGUCCUUGUUGACUAGCCUGGUAGAGGUUCCAGUUUCAGAAGGUUUCAUUUGAGUUCAAACUGAGUUGGUCUCUGAAGAUAUAACUUCAGUUAAUGAAAGAAAUUGAUCAUCCCCUAGAAAAUUUUUGGUUCUAUUAAAAUGAAGAGAUGUGGCCUUCAAUAUUAUUCUGCAAAGUCUCACAAAGGAACUAUUGACUCAAAAUAAAUUCUCAAUAAAAAGUGUUGAAAGUGUA